GCCAAGUGCGAUUGCAAGUUUUCGAUACUUUUGGACGAAAAGGGAAACUACAAUUUGGAGAAAGUGCGAGCUCACGAUGGUAAGUGGGGUUCUCAGUGCGAAGGCGGCCUGGAGUGGGAGAUUCUGUCUUGGGGGAUGGACGAAGAGGAGCCCGAAGCAGCUCUAGUAAUCAGCAUCGCACUCAACAAGAAGAACGAAACUGCCAUGAAAACGGGCCACCUGGAGAUCCUGUCGACCCUGGUGGGUUUGUGCAAACCAGACCCCCACGGAUGCGUGCCUUUCGAGCCAGUGAGGGGCAAGCUCAUCGAUUUGUAUGGGGCGGAGAUCGACCAUCCUGACUUCCUGCGCCUAUUCAAAUUGGUGCGCGAUGCAGGAGGGGAGGGCAGUAUUCACAUGAAAGACCUGUUCUCGUUCACUGGUGUGUUCGUGAACCCGAAGGUGCGCAAAAUGCGCAUGGAGGCCUAUGGCGUGAUUGCGCCCUACCCUGAGGAGUUCCCCAAACUCAAGAACGCCUGCCUCAAAUUCAACAAGGAAUCGAGGUUCCAGAUGUAUGAUUUCUUGAAGGAAGUAGAGGGUGCAUUCCUGCAGCUGGGGCCGACUUCCGAGAAGUUGCGGUGCAAGUGGAUUGCGGAGGUGGAGGAUUGCAGCUCAUUCAUCGCGACCAAGCUACGGGAGUUGAUGUCAUUGGGAAAGGCUGGGUUGACAAAGGCGGACAUGCCUCAGUUUCCGCGGGAGACGGACCUGAUGCAGGAAGUAGGGGAAUUGCGGGACGACCCGAAUGAUAAGGGGCAGUCGCCUUCCCCCGGGCCGAAGGGCAAGAGCUCCGUGGUCACGGAGACUCUGACGCCCAGGGUAAUCAAGCAGGACGCAGAAGGGGGGGCUUUGACCGCGCACGAGACAGCGUCUGCCGCAGUAGGAGUAGCGAGCGGGGACAAAGUGGAUACCAUUCCAUGGCGCGAGUGGGCGCGCUCUGCCUGCGCCUCGGACGACAAGCAGAUUGCCAAGCAGGUACUGGCGUUAGCCAUGUCCGCUAACCACGACCACGUGACAUGCGAAAUCCCUAUCGCGAUGAUCAAGAGCGGCAGCGCGGUCAAGGCCGUGGCCACGAGAGACAUUCCCGUGGGGCACUUGAAGGUGCCAUUGUGGUUCAAGAAGGACGCGUCCAUGGUCAUGGAGGGGCCGGGCGUCUUCAUCCACCCGAAAGCCGCGUGCGCAGAGGUGUCGUGGGUAAAAACCAUCACCGAGGCAGAAGAAGAAGUUGGCGUCGAAAGCGGGGAAGAGGUGGUCGUGAGGAUUCACGUGCAGCCUGAGCUCAGACUCCCGAAGGAGGGUGGCGCAGGGUUCGUAUGGGACCCGAGGGGCUCAGUCCACCCGUUCUGGUUCAUCAAGCGCAGUGACCACAAGGGGAACGCCGUCACAGACCACCACUGCGAGGCGAACGCCUCCGUGGUGAUGGAGACGGUGAAACAAGUUUGGGCGAGUGAUUACGUUCAUCUGAAGACUGCCGAGGCCGAGGUGGCUCCUAUGGCGUCCACGUAUUCAGUGAAGCUGCCGUGCAUCGUCAGCAAGGCCCCAAUCAAGGCGGGGCAAGAG